AUGGUGAGGAGGAGGAGGAGCAGAAGCCGGGACUGGGGGCCGACGGCGCCGCCCGUCUGGCCUGGAGGCGGCGGCGGCGGCGGCAGCACCACCACCAGGAGGAGCAGCUGCGGCAGCAACAGCGGCGGCGCGGAGCCGGAGCGGCCGCCCCUGAACAUGGCGGCAGCGGAGCCGCGCUUCACGGACGCGGCCGCCGCCGCCGCCCCCCUGCCGUCGCCGGGCCCCGUGCCGGUGCUCUUCUGCUUCUCCGUGUUCGCCAGGCCUUCGUCGGUGCCUCACAGCUCCGGGUAUGAGGCGCUGAUCCAGAAGUUCCUGAGCCUCUACGGGGACCAGCUCGACAUGCACCGCAAGUUCGUGGUGCAGCUGUUCUCCGAGGAGUGGAGCCAGUACAUAGACCUGCCCAAGGGCUUCCUGGUGCACGAGCGCUGCAAAGUGCGCCUGGUGCCGCUGCAGGUACAGCUAACUACCCUGGGAAACCUCACACCUUCAAGCACUGUGUUUUUCUGUUGUGAUAUGCAAGAGAGAUUCAGACCCGCUAUCAAGUAUUUUGGAGAUAUUAUCAGUGUAGGGCAACGAUUGCUUCAAGGUGCACGGAUUUUAGGAAUCCCUAUUAUUGUAACAGAGCAGUAUCCUAAAGGUCUUGGGAGCACAGUGCAAGAAAUUGACUUAACUGGAGCGAAACUGGUCUUACCCAAAACAAAGUUUUCUAUGGUGUUGCCUGAAGUCGAGACUGCAUUAGCAGAAAUUCCUGGAGUUCGCAGUGUUGUUUUAUUUGGAGUAGAAACUCAUGUGUGCAUCCAACAGACAGCACUGGAAUUGGUGGGCAGAGGUCUGGAAGUUCACAUUGUGGCAGAUGCAACCUCAUCAAGAAGUAUGAUGGAUAGAAUGUUUGCCCUUGAGCGUCUUGCUCGCACUGGGAUUAUUGUUACUACUAGCGAAGCUAUAUUGUUGCAGCUGAUAGCUGACAAAGAUCAUCCCAAGUUUAAAGAUAUCCAAAACCUCAUUAAAGCAAGUGCUCCAGAGUCGGGACUUCUUUCCAAAGUAUAAAAAGGGUGUCCUUAAAAGAACCUUGUCAGUGAAAGGAGACUUAAAGCUGUAAGUAUGUACACACACAC